AUGGGCAGCCAGCCUUUCCAGGAAGCGUUGGAGAGCUGCAGGGCCAACGGAGGCGACCUGGCGACAGCCAAGGAUGCAGGAGAGGCUCAGCACAUCCACACCUUGCUCUCCGCCCUCCCCGUGGAACCCCCGCCCAGCGGCCAGCGGAGAUUCUGGAUGGGCCUCCAGCUGCCCCGCCGGCACUGCUCCCAGCAGCACAAACCCCUGAGGGGCUUCCUCUGGACUUCGGGGGGCGAGGAGACCACCUAUACCAACUGGGCCAGGGAGCCGCGGGGCACCUGCACCGCCCGCAGAUGCGUCCACGUGGCGGUCUCUUACCCCGGGGGCAGCUCGGGGGACUUCAAGUGGUCAGACGGGGUCUGCUCCCCGGGCGUGGAUGGCUACCUGUGUAAGUUCAGUUUUAAAGGUAUGUGCCAGGCGAUUGAGCUGAGCGGGCCGGGGUCGGUCACUUACAGCACCCCCUUUAAUGCAAAAAGCCCCUCCUUGACUCUAGUGCCCUUUGGCUCGCUGGCAGCUGUGUCCUGUGAGGGCACCCCUGCCGGGGGGUAUGUCCUGUGCCUGGAGCAAGGCCCUGCGUUGUACGGCUGGUCGACGGAUGGUCCAUUCUGUGCCCCCGCCACCGGCUGCAGCACUGGCAACGGGGGCUGUGCCCAGGUUUGUGUGGAUGACGGGGCAAAGAGCCACCACUGCCAGUGCCAUGCGGGGUACCAGCUGGGGAGCGACCAGCACUCCUGUCAGCUGCUAGACCACUGCCAGGGGCACCCCUGCGAAUACCGGUGCCUUAACUCCUGGGUGGGCUUCCAGUGCACCUGCCCCCCAGGCUACGAGCUGGCGGAAGAUGGGCGCAGCUGCCUGGACGCCGACGAGUGUGCCCGCGCCUCUCCCUGCCCCCAGCUCUGCAUCAACUCACCGGGAAGCUUCCGCUGCGACUGCGCCGAGGGCUUCACCCUUGUGGCCGGGCGGUGCCAGGAUCUGGACGAGUGCUCCAGCCAGCCGUGUGCCCAGGCAUGCCAGAACACGGCGGGCUCCUACCGGUGCCACUGCGGAGAGGGCUACGUCAGCAGCGGGCACUCCUGCAUCGACCUGGACGAAUGCGUCGAGCACCCCUGCCAGGGGACGUGCUCCAACACUGAGGGCAGUUUCGAGUGCUCCUGUGGUGGGGGUUACACGUUGGCCGCAGAUCGUGUGUCCUGUGCCCCAAAGGACGUGACCACAACGCUUCUUGCCACGGCCCUGGGUUUGAUGUCAGCCGGAGGUGGGCAGGCACCCACACCAGCUGCCGCCCCGAGGGCCCAGGCCACUCCCCUGGGCACCACCCCCGGGCACACUGACCCUACAGCUACUCAGUCAGGAAGGCGAGGUGGCUCCCUCAGAACAGGACAGGGGAGUGGGACGGUGGCGGACUUCAGCAGCGGGAGCAGCUCGCCCGUCACUUUGCCAACAGCCAGAGAGCCCCCGGGCAGAGACAGGACCCCCAACCAGGUGAAAACCCAGGAGGAAGGCAGAGUUUGGCUGCUGCCCUGUGUCCUGGGUUCAGUGGCUGCCCUGCUGCUCCUCCUUUGCCCUGUGGCUUUGUUUGUGUACCGCCGCCACAGCGCAGCAGCAGAGAAGGUCAACAAGGCUGGCGACUUCUACAGCUGGAUCCAAGCGGCGGGAUCAUCCUCACUCCGAAUCCCGGGAAAAGCUGCUGUCUGCAACCCUGCAGCCGAUAACUACAUGGAGCUUGAGGCCAAUCAGACCGCGGUAUAAACUUCAGAUCAUGACCUGCUAUCCUGUACAUCUCGUGGGGGAAGCAAACUUUCAAACUCCUGUACGCCUUCAGAAACCAAACCAUAGGUUUUUGGUUCAUUUACAAUGUUAUUUUCUCUGAGAAUCUUGAAGAAAAGUCAGCUUCUGGUAUUUUAUACUUAAAAAAAAUGAUUUUGGGGCCACAAUUUAUUCUGAUUUAUGACUGAGUGACUUUUGUGUGAAUUUUACUAAGUAAAUCACUGCAGAUGCUGGAAAUCUGAAAUAAGAACAGAAAAUGCUGGAAAUACUGAUAUACUUUCGGGAUG